AUGCGCAAGAAUGCCGCCGCACUGGCUGCCUACGGCGGCCGCGGAGGGCAGGCCGAGUGGGUGAGUUACCGACGCUACCUUCGGCUUCUGCCGCCGGAUGCAGAGGGUGGCCGCCGUGUUCUCGUCCUGCAAGACCCCUGUCCCAGAAACGCCGCUGAGCGAGUCCUGGUCCAUGGGGUCGACUUCGCCACCCACUGCAACCCAGCGAAAUCCGGGGGGCUUCCGGAUGGAGCCGUGCCGUCCGCGAGCGACGCGGACCGAAUCAGGCGACGGAUUUGCGUGGGCACGUACAGCUUCGAUCCCAAGGAGGCCAUGGUGCACGUUACCUAUGAGGCCACAGAUGGCGAGUAUCGGCUCGCCUUUUCACUGCGCCAUGGUGGGGCGCGAGUGACUUCCGACUGUCUCACCUGGGAGAGCUAUGAGCUAGAGGACCGGGCCCAUGCCGGCGAGAUCGUGAACUUCAACCUCGGGCGACUACCGGAUUGGAAGGGAGGAGGACUGGAGGACGAGAACAAGGACCAUUUUCCGCAGAUGAAUUUUCGACCGCAGGUGCAAAAGGUCUACGAGUUGCGGAGGGAUGCAAAGAGGGAGGGGAGAGAGAGUGAGAGAGCGCACAGGUGGUCCAAGUGCCCGUGCUUGACUGACAGGCAUAUCCUCGUCGUCCACCCUGCCCUGCCAACACUCUGGCCGGAAAGGUACAAGUACCAGCGGACGAGUCUCGAGGAUGCGCCGAGCUCCAACCUCUUGGAGCUGCUGCCCAACUCUCUCCGCUUCGUGGAGCGAUGCAUGAAGCAGAAAGGCCGACUUCUGGUGCACUGCACGAGAGGAAUCUCUCGAAGCUCCAGCAUAGUCAUUGCUUACUUGAUGCUGGCCAAGAGCAAGAGCUACGACGAGGCCAAGAAGCAAGUGCAGCUGAAGCGCAGCGUGGCCCAUCCUAAUUUGGGAUUCCAGGUCCAGCUGCAGCACCUUGAGUCGCUGCUGAACACCCGGUCCCCACCUCGAAACUUCGAGGAGCGGCUGCGCUGGCUCGGGACCAUCGUUCCCACAGGAGACCUGACAUCCUCAACUUCACCGUUUAAGCUGCUCCAGGCGUUGGAUGCACCGAUUCGUUGCUGGCUGGAAGAGGAAGAUGUGAAGACGCCAGUGCCACCGAGGUGCAUGGUGCUCUUGGCCGACUGGUGCAAUGUGUGGGCAGGUAUCACCUUGGUCGUCUCCUUCUCCCUCAUUACAGGUGCAUUUACUUUCAAUUGGUUCAAGAUGUCUGGCGCUGUCCAUACAAUCAUGCAGGUGACCAUGUGUGCCGAAGGUGUCCUUUGGGCGGUGGCCGCAGGCCUCUUGACGAAGAUUAACAUGAUUGUGAACAAUGCAUCGCUGGCUGUUGUGCAGACGAUCAUUUGCUUCG